GCAUAUAUUUUAAUAAAAUUUAGAAUUUUAGGAAAAAACAUGCCAAGUGGUAAUAAAAGAGAAAAGAAUCCAAAAUAAAAUAAAUUAUCCAAUUAUCCCAAAAAAAAAAAAAGAAGCAAAGCUAUAUUUCUAUUUAUUUUUGUCUAAAUUUGGUUGAUGCGACGACUGGAACUGUGAUCUAAAAAAAAAUGCCUGAAGCAGUCUAAAUAAUUCUUCUUCUCUCCAGCAAUUAAACACUACAUUACAGCCGUAUAGACCCAAAUCCUUUUUCGUUUUUUUUUUUUUAAUAAGACGGCAUUUCUCUCUCAAUCCGUUCUUAUCCAAGCAAAGCUCCGUCAUCAAAUUCAUUAGAUCUUCCAAAUUGAGUUACAAAGUCCAAAGUCGGCUCUUUUUUGGCAUUUUCCGGCUUAGAAUAGGCAUUUUACCUCCAGGGGGGCUAAAUAGUGAAGCUUUUUUGUUUGUUCUUGAAGAUAUAAAGAAAGAUUUGUAGAUUAGGAUUUGAGAAACUGUAGAAGAUAGAAUCAAAAGAUGAGUUUCAGGGAUGAUAAUGAGGAGGCUAGGAAUGAUUUGCGUCGGCCGUUUAUUCACACCGGAAGCUGGUACCGGAUGGGUUCGAGACAAUCGAGUAUGAUGGGUUCCUCUCAAGUUAUUCGAGACAGCUCUAUCUCUGUUCUUGCAUGUGUUUUGAUCGUUGCUCUUGGCCCUAUUCAAUUCGGAUUCACUUGUGGUUAUUCAUCUCCAACUCAAGCUGCAAUCACCAAGGAUCUCGGUUUAACAGUAUCUGAGUACUCUGUGUUUGGUUCUCUUUCCAAUGUGGGUGCUAUGGUUGGUGCAAUUGCCAGUGGUCAGAUUGCAGAAUACAUUGGACGAAAAGGGUCUCUUAUGAUUGCUGCAAUUCCCAAUAUCAUUGGAUGGCUUUGCAUAUCAUUUGCAAAAGAUACUUCUUUUCUUUACAUGGGAAGACUUUUAGAAGGCUUUGGCGUUGGGAUCAUCUCUUACACUGUACCUGUAUAUAUCGCUGAGAUAGCUCCACAAAAUAUGAGAGGAGGAUUGGGUUCGGUUAACCAGCUUUCUGUGACAAUUGGAAUAAUGUUGGCGUAUUUACUUGGCCUCUUUGUUCCAUGGAGAAUUCUUGCAGUUCUGGGGAUAUUGCCGUGUACAUUAUUGAUACCAGGUCUCUUUUUCAUCCCCGAAUCCCCUCGCUGGCUGGCAAAAAUGGGUAUGACAGAUGAAUUUGAAACUUCAUUACAAGUUCUUCGAGGAUUUGAGACUGAUAUUACCGUUGAAGUUAAUGAAAUCAAGAGAUCUGUGGCAUCAUCUACAAAGCGAAAUACAGUUCGGUUUGUAGAUCUCAAACGCAGGAGAUACUAUUUCCCACUUAUGGUUGGUAUAGGGUUGCUUGUACUUCAACAACUUGGUGGAAUUAAUGGUGUCCUAUUCUAUUCCAGUACAAUAUUUGAAUCUGCAGGAGUUACAUCGAGUAACGCAGCAACAUUUGGGGUCGGGGCUAUUCAGGUAGUAGCGACUGCAAUAUCCACUUGGUUGGUGGACAAAGCAGGUCGUCGGCUUCUGCUUACUAUCUCUUCGGUUGGGAUGACGAUUAGCCUUGUAAUUGUUGCAGCUGCUUUCUAUCUUAAGGAAUUUGUGUCUCCUGAUUCAGACAUGUACAGUUGGCUGAGCAUAUUGUCAGUAGUUGGAGUUGUGGCAAUGGUUGUCUUUUUCUCAUUGGGAAUGGGACCAAUACCGUGGCUCAUUAUGUCUGAGAUCCUUCCUGUGAACAUAAAGGGUUUAGCUGGAAGUAUUGCAACUCUAGCCAAUUGGUUCUUUUCUUGGUUGAUCACCAUGACAGCAAAUUUGCUGUUAGCCUGGAGCAGUGGAGGAACUUUCACUCUGUAUGGAUUGGUUUGUGCAUUCACAGUGGUGUUCGUGACUCUAUGGGUUCCUGAGACCAAAGGCAAAACUCUUGAAGAACUUCAAUCCUUGUUCAGAUGAACAAAUUGAAACAACUUCAUUCUUUGUCACCCUCUCUCUCCCUCUCUGUUUUGGCCAAGAACAAGAAGAAACAAGAGAUUUUCCAGCUUUGUUAAUUGGGCUGAGAACGUUACUAAGAUUUGUUUGUUUGUUCGUUGUGUGUCAAUAAUCGCAUUAUCUUCUAUCACAUGUAUAUCAACAUACUACAUUCAAGUAUUUGUAAUUUUAUUGAACUCUUUACAUAGAGCAAAGGUUUUGCCAAGAGAGAGCAUUAUGAACAUCGACAUUGCCAGAAAAGCUCCCAAGGGUUUUAAUAUGAUGAUCAAGAAAUUUAACUCAACAGCAAGAAAAAGCAAACCCACUGGUAAGAAGUUGCUAGCCCAGCAGUAACUGAGGUUACUAGGAAA